AAAAAGGCCAGAAGGAUUAAAGGUGCCAAUUCGCUUUUUGAUUUAGGUAAUGAGAGAGUUUUGAAAUAUGAUAAGAAAGAGUUAUUGAGGAUCUUGAAGAACAAUCAUUAUCAUUUCCCUAAAGAUUCA